CGGGGGUUGGGCAAGUUUUGGGAAAUUAAGCCAGCGCCGGCGCCCUACAGCGAGCAAUUCGAGGCUUUUCGUACUUAUUAUUUGGCAAGGUCGCAUAUUUGCUGCCUGCCUGCGCCGCGGCGACUAGCAAGCCAUGUCCAGGAUGAACGGCAGCGGCGGCGACGUCGCGCCGCCGCCGCGCUGGUCCGCGAGGGCCUACUUCACCUGCGAUGGAUUCAGCAACGACAUGUUCAACGCGCUAACGGCGUGCCUGCCUCUAGCAUUAUUUUGGAGGCGUCACCUGGGCGCGGACGUCCUCGGCGUGUCCUGCUUCGUCUUUUGCGUCGUCGCGGCGGCGGGCCACGUCUGGCCUCGGGCGCUGGCCGGCUCGACGCAUUUGGUCAAGCUGGCGUUUACUCCUGUGGCCCUGCAAGGUGCCGACACACGCUUGGUGACGGCAGUAGCAGCUACAACAAUCGUACCCUUCCUCUUCCCGGCGCUAGCGAAGGUAGAACCAUUAGGAGGCGGCGCGCGGCAGCUCUGGAUGGCUUUUCGUAUUGUCACGUUAUUCAGGGAAGAUAACAUAAGGUGGCAGACCAUCGCGGUCAUGGGCCUCUGCAAACUUUUAUAUAGGAUGGAGCGCCAAGCGAGGAUGAAGCGGGGGAAAAGAGACGAGUACGCCUUCGCGCACGCCGCGGAACAUCUGGAUUUAUUUCUGUACGUCGUGGUCACGUCCGUAUCCUUCGACAACCGACUGCUCGAGUACGCGCGGGCCGCUGGAUUAACUCUGGUAGCAGCGUGCGCCUCGAUCACACCCUUCGUCGAGCACGGCGACGGCGGAAGGGCGCUGCUAGGAGCGCUGGCAUUGAUGGCCGCGGACUACUCGUUCUUUAGAGCUGUUGGGAAAGUACGAGUUGGUAUUGUGGCUGUGUUAGCUACCAUAGCGUACGUCUUCGAGAAUCGGGGCGGCGGCGCACGUACAAGGCCUCUGCUACGACUGGCUACUGCUAUGGUAGUGGGCCACGCCAUGUUUAUUGCUUUCGGCUCCACUGGUUUGUACGGCUUUUGUGUCGUCGAAAGCAUACUCAUGCUGUGUUCCGGAAGGGACUUCCACACGUCGCAAGGCCGUGUCGUGAUUGACGACUCGGCCUUCAUCGCCCACUCCAUCAUCGUGGCCUACGCGUUACGAGCAAAGCCGUGGCACUUGUUUCUCGCGGCGGCGUGGAGCUUCGCCGACGCGAUGGACCUGCGGUUUUCCGGUCGGAGAGGCGGUGGUGCGUUACAUUUAUCGAUUGUCGCGCUCUACGUUUAUAGAGAUGCGGACGUGCGCGUCGUCUAUGUCCUGUGGAUCCUGACGGCGUUGGCCUUUUGCGGCUACAACGUUUUACUGGGUAUCAUUACGAUACGACGGGGUCCCGGCGGUAAUUUACCAGAAGAGUGCCACGAGGCCUUCUGGACGAAGUUGCGAGGCAAUGCGUUUGCGAUCAACCCCAUCGGGUAUCUGCUGAAACCGUCCUCGCCCGUCCUGUCGUGGGAGCGCAUGUCCUGGGCGAGAAUAGAGGAAGACAUUAAUAGUGUGGACUUUGGUGGGUUCGAGGCCGAUCUGGUCGUCGGCGUCUUGUCGGGCGGCGGCUUCAUUCGCCAUAUUGUGGCAAGACAAUUCCCGAGCGCCGACAAGGGCCUCAUCCGAUCCCAGGUCUGGAGCCGCAUUUCGGCGUCGGAGAACAUUAGAAGUGUAGGGCAGGUCUUCAGCGACAAGGAGCAGUGGCGCGACUCGAAGUGCAAGGAACUCCGAUGGUUCGUUUCUCCCUCUCGCGAGACAUAUAAAAACAUACUGGUGGUGGACGACAGCGUGAGUUCGGGCAAGACGAUGCAGAACGUGCUGCGGUUUGUCCGUUCAGAAUAUCCGGCGGCGACGGUGAAAUGCUUCGUCCUUUAUGCUCCUCCGGCCUCAUCCGGCGGCGCCGCGGCGUUCGUGGACUUCGUCUGCCACCGGGGCCACGUGCCGCUGCUCUGGCCCUGGGGCUGCGAGAUGGACUAGUGGGCUUCUUUUUGGACUAAGUUUGAGAGUGCGGAUU